AUGGCCGAGGCGGUUGCCAAGGAGAGAGCAUUGGAUGCGACGGUCAACGUGGUAAGGGUCCAGCACAAGAAGGGCCAUGCCAUCCUCGACCACGGCGAGGAGUCGCCUGCUGGCAUCAGGCCUGACCAGUUGCCCCUGUGCGAUUUCACAGAAGGCGAAGCGCCAGUAAGGCACGGCGUGGACAUCAUCUCCGAGCACGUCGGCGAAGUCCCAAAAGACGACAUUCGCAAGUGCCUGGGCAGACAGAACCCUGCCUACGGCGAGCUCCCAGAACCUUUCCGCUUGAAGGACACGGGUGGCGUCUCGUACCACAUGUCUAUAUUCGCCAUUCCCCUCGAGGGCGGCAAGUUCGCGGCGGUCAAGGUGAUCGGGAUGGUGGAAAAGCAGAAGAAGGGCUUCUUGCAGGGCUUGUGCGUCGGAACGCCCCAGAUGAUCAGUUGGAGCGAGAUUGGCGGGUCGAACGCCCAUCACAACCUCAAGGCCUUCCAAUGCAUGAUCGAGGGGCUGGGCGGCUUUCAAGCCCGCGCGUCCGGGUUGGCCCCCUCCUCAAAUGAGGAGGGCGAACUCGACGAAGACGCCGUCGAAGCAGGCUUCGAUUACAACUACGACGAGGGCCCGCGGCACACGGAGAAGCUUAUCCAGCUGAAGUGGAUCGCCAAGAGGACCCACAAGCAGGCGAACUGCCCGAUCGCUGGGUGGCGCGACGGGCUGGUGAAGGAGGCGUUGCGCCAGCUCGCGCAGGCCGACGCCCUUGCGACCGCGCAGACUUUCUUCGGUAUGACAAUGGCGGGCUACGAGAUGCACAUGGUAGACUUGGGGGCGCGCUUGAUGGCGUCGAGGAAUCUCAAGGGUAAUUGGUUCCUAGGCAAAGCUGGGAUCGGAAAGCCCCCAUGCAUCAAGUCUCUCAUGAUGUGCUUCAGCCGCCAGGCGCGCAUCGACGCGAUGGGGCGCACCGAGGAAGCACUCAACGGAUCGCACCGCGUGCGCUCUGAGCUGGAUGUCUUCAGGGGUCGCCCUGGGCUGGUUGACGCGCCCGACAUCUUCGACGACGGCGACUCUUCCACCCAGCGCCCCAGAGUUCCCAAGGCUUUCGGUGACAUUGCGUCAGAGGAAGCGGUGGCCAUGGCGCGGUGGACUGGUUGUCGGUGGGCCAAGGGUCAGCCCAGGGCGUUGCUGGACAACAAGUACGACCAGCGCGCAGAGCCUGCCCCGCAAGGGGCCGCCAACUCCAAGAACGGCGCCGAGACCAUCACGCAUGAGCAGUUCAUGUCUUUGAUCAGCCCAGCCUGGCCAAUCGACAUGCUGUAUCCAGACCAGGUGGCCGUGCUCAAGCGCAACAACUUCGUCGUGCAGACUGACCUCUGGCUCUACAUUCGGCUUGCGACAGAGGAUGAGGUGCCUGUUCACAGGUUCCCAGUGCCCGAGAAGCGGACGUGGAUCCGCAAGACGAGCGAACCCAAGUACGGCGCCAUCCUCGAGGGGACGGCGGGCGUGCCUGACGGGUACAAGGCGGCAUUGGAGUGGAAGUGCCGUUGGACGGACCACGUGCUGCGGGGCGGCCCAGCCGCAGAAGCUUUCAACGACAAGCAGCGCGUGACCGAGUUCCUCCGCGAUGUGCCCGCGGCCCCGAUGCCAACCUCAGCCGCGCCAGGAGGCGGCGCGCGCGGGUCGCAGAUGCCAGCCCCAGGCGCGCCAGAAGGGGAGCGCCCAACCAAGCGGGCGAGGCCUGGCGCGCAGGAGCACCGCGAGGCGUCGCCCGACCCUUUCGCGGAUGGCUUCAGGCGCGACCGCCGCGGGGUUGACAGCGACGACUACGAGGGCGAUGAGGAUGAUGAUCCGCCGCGCGGGGCCCUCUCGCAGGAGCUCGAGCGGCUGUGGGGUCUCCACCAGGCGGGCACCAUCACGCUCGUGGAGUUCAGCUCCUUGAAGAAGAGCGUGAUCGGGGAGCUCGCGCCCGCCAAGAAGGAGAAGGGCAAUGCCAAGCAGGAGCGGGCGCGCCGCACGCCGAUCAAGAAGGACCCCGCGGGCGCGACCAUCAAGCGGGAGCCCGCGGGCGCGCCCGCGUCCGCGGGCGGCGUCACUGCUUCGCCCGUGGACAAGGAGACGAUGAAG